AUGCUCACGCAAUUGAUUCUCUCAGGAAAUCAGCUGUCUGGUUCGAUCCCUGAAGAGCUUGGCAACAUAGCAAGUUUAGAACUGCUUCAUCUGUCUGGAGACGUUCUAACUGGUUCCAUUCCCUCAUCCUUAACAAACUUGACUAUGAUGUCCGACUUUGAUCUUUCACAAAACAAGCUUUCAGGCUCUAUCCCUCACGAGCUAGGAAAUUGGAGAGACCUUGAUAGUCUGAGUCUUUAUAUGAACAGGCUCACUGGUCCAGUCCCUCAUUCAGUAGGUAAUUUAAGCAGCCUAACCGAUCUGCGUAUUUAUCAAAAUAGGCUAUCAGGCAAGCUACUUGCUGAAAUAACCAAUCUCACGCAUAUAUCCACACUCUAUGUGAGCAUCAAUGAUUUCUCUGGCUAUUUGCCACAAGAUCUAUGCCAAGCUGGGCACCUGAAAACUCUCACUGUAGAUUCCAACCAUUUCAUUGGCCCCAUCCCAAGAGGCUCGAGAAACUGCACGAGCCUAAUACGAGUAAGGCUCCAAAGGAACCAACUCACAGGAAAUGUAUCAGAAGAGUUCGGAGUAUAUGAGCAUCUUGAUUACAUCGAUCUGAGCUAUAAUCAACUGUAUGGUGAGCUCUCAUCUAAAUCGGGGGAAUGCAAAAACUUGACAGUAUUGAAGGCAUCUGGAAACAAUAUAGGUAGUAAUAUUCCACCUGGUUUAGGACAAUUGAGUCGACUGGGAGUACUAGACCUUUCAUCGAACAAGCUGGAAGGUGAUAUCCCUGGAGAGCUUGGAAAGAUGAUUUCCCUGUUCAACUUGAGCCUAAAUGAUAACAAACUAUCAGGAAAGAUGCCACCAGAAAUCGGAAAGUUGUCGAACCUUGAGAUCCUUGAUCUCUCAUCAAACAACUUGAGUGGGGGAAUACAAAGCCAGUUAGGAGCCUGCACCAAAUUGCGAUACUUAAAAUUGAGCAACAACAAUCUCAAUGGAGCCAUACCAAUGCAAAUUGGUGACUUGGAGGAUCUACAGCUCCUCCUAGAUCUCAGCCACAACUUACUCAAUGGGAAGUUGCCACCACAGCUUGGAAAGUUGCAGAUGCUUAUGUAA